UGAAAAGACAAAAGCUCCAUUAAAGUCGUGUUCAGAUGAUGCAACCUAACGUGUGAAUUGUUUCUUCGUUGCCAGCGGAAGUGAUACAUAGAUAUGGCAAGGCCCGACGAGGAUUUUUGUUGUUGAUGCUGGCGGGCUCCCUAGUGUGUGAGACAACAUGCAGAUCCCCGACCUGUCUCACUCGUCCUUUCCCUACUUUUUGCCGCGCAACACAGACCACAGAGGCGGAGGCAAUUAGAGGGCUUCAUUUUAAUAUUGAGACGUGGCAAAUAGAAGAGCCAUUGUUUACCAAGUUUAGGCUUUGUAUUUGAAAAAUUUGGACGUUUGAACAUCGACGACGGCCAUCAUGAUGUUUCUUCUCCGCAACAAAAACAUGCUGAUCAGAAGAUCUUUGGCCGCCGGAGGAUCUUCGAGCAGAGCACGAGUUUCUGCUUGUUCUUCGGGUGGCUACAACUUCCAACAAGCUCUACUAGGUUGUCCUUUUUCAUCCAGCGGCCGCACCACAAGUACCGUUUUGCUGCAACAACACCUACGGAGAACUAUUAGCGGCGAUCCUUGCAGCAGAGCCUUCUUUUCAACAUCUGCAGCAGACACGGCUAGCAGUGCCACGUCUAGCUCUCCCGCCACCGCCGUGGAAAAAUCUGCCCCACCAGCAUCUACUUCCGAGCAAAAGAGCAGCGGCGCCUCUUCAUCAGGAAGUACCUCGCGCCCCGCUCCCGGCAUUUUUUCCCGGGCGAAGUCCUUCACAUUCGGCGUGAUUUUCGCUUCCGGCGUCAGCUUCUGGGUGUUGCUGCUGGAGGGACAGAAGAUGCUGGAUCGGCUGGAGACGUCGGUGCAAAAGGUGCUGGAGUACCAGACAAGGGUGGAGAGAAGGCUGGAUCGGGUGGAAACGGCGCUGGCGGUGUGAAGAUCAUGGGUGUUAAACGACGAUAAGUCCUCUACGUAUAAUCGGUUUAUCAAACACCAAAUUAUGGCUACUUGCGAAGAUGUCUCAAAUUUGCAGAAUCAACAAGAGAUGAACAAACAUCCUUGUCCUUCCCAAUGGCUGCGAGAACCUGAAGCAUGUUCCUUGUUCCGUGUUUGGAAGAUUAGCAGCGUAGUUCUUGAGAAGUCUUCAUGUAUUUGAUGGUCAACAACAACAU